CCAGUGGGAGUUUCAGGCUUCAUAUUGAUCCAACUGGACAGACCCAAGUGUCUGUAAUGGUCCAGACACAGUUUGUGUUCUUUAAAUGUACCUGUCCUUUGGUCUUGCACUUAUAAUGAGGGAUUAUGCUUAUUACUAUUUUACUUGAGAGCACCCCUCGUGACUUGGUGCUUUUUGUAGCCAUGGUUCAAUCACUUCAUACGUUAAGAAUAAAACUGGAAAAUUGGCGAAAUCUAUAAAGUCAAAAUUCUCACUCUCUGGGUGUGAAUAUGAUACUGUUUUCUUAAGAGGAGUCACUCCUGGCCCGUAUGUACUGUUUUGGUUGUGGUCGACUUUCCGCUGGGUGUAUUUUGAAACCACUGUGGAGCUAAGCGGACGCAAGCCAAGUAGGGUACUGAGCAACCAGCACUAUUGUUUCACAGCUACUCAGGAUUCUCGGGCUGUCGCUUUGCCUCAGCUCUGACUUCAGGGCUCACACGCUGUGAAUGGUUCACCCACUUUAGUUUUAAACUUGUGACAAUAAUAGUGAACUGUACAGAUUUUAUGGGGGUUCGUUUAGCCCUGUCCUUCUUGUGUUCAUAAAAAUUCUUCGGAAUACUAGUGCCUUUCAAACUCUUUGAGUGCUACCCUCAUUCAUAUGGAAAGAGAAUGAGUGAGUGGGUGGCAGUGAGAGGUGACGAGAGCCAGAAGGACACAGAGCCAGAAGGACACAGCUGAGACAAAUGGGAAAAGGACUCAGAAUCAUCAGAAUUGUAAUUAUUUACCCUAAAAGUCUGUUUGUAAUUUACAUCUUCAUUUAGACCACAGAAGUAGAGAGCUGUGGGAGCGUGGUCUGUGGGACAUGCAUGUUUUGGCUUUGUGUGUGUUUUCAGCCCGUUCUACGUCACUGCUGCUCUUCUCUGUUUAUGCAGGGGCUCUGUGGAUAUGGAGAGAAAUGGUAGACUAUUAAAUUCUCACACUGUCACCUGAUAUCUACGGAAAAUGGAUCAGAUGAUUGGACAAGUCCACUUCUGUAUAACGUCCCCCAAGGCAGAGCUGGGCCAAGUCCAUUUACUCUCUAAUUCAUGUUUGUUGUGAUGCUGUCAUCUUUAUCCAUUAAGAAUCUAGCCAAGGAGUGAUGAAGUGAUCAACAAUAAUGCAAAGUUAACCUUGUUUAUCAGACCAAAUUGGCUAAUGAGUAAAUUUGUUUGGCUACAAUGAGAGUGUAUCCAUCCCACAUCUAAGCCAAUGCAAUAAUUAUGUUUAAGGUGGAAACCUGAGAGUGUGUUUUGGAAGCACAUUUUUGCUCAACUACUGGUGGACUAUGGAAGAGAAAGAGGGAAGGGCAAAGGAAAGCUGGAGAGGGAUGGAGGAAGGGGAGUAGAUAGAGGGGCCCAUGCUGAGUGAUACAGACUAUGGUUUGUGUUUUCUCAGUGGACCAGAGAAGAUGCAGUGUAAAUGAAAUCUGCUGCACCAUGGCGGCCUCUGCUUUAUCUUGUGUGUGGAUGAGGACGGGAUAUGACAGAGGCCUUUGUUCUCUACUGGUUAUCCGGUGUCAGCAGGGCUGCCAUCCUACAUCCAUAUCCCAUCUCUACAGAUAACAGGAGGAUAUAUGCAACGCACAUGUGAGCUUGAGUAAACACAAAUGCAUCCACCUGAGUGGUAUUAACAUCUUGUCACAAUACAGAAUUCACAACAGAUUGCACAAUGUGGUUAUCAAAUUGUUAUUAUUAUUUUAUAACAAUAUGUUGGAUCCAUAGCCAGUACUGUAAAGUGUGUAAGAUGCAUGCUUUAUUGUGUUUAUUUUAAUUUAAUCUACAGUGAAAUAAACCCCACUGGCACAGGUCUGUUCAAAGUGUUUCUGACCUGUAGGACAAGGGCCUCCCCUGGUGUUUAAUAUACAAAAGUACACAAAGCAUGACGUAUUACAGAAUUAUACUGUAGCACGUACGCUCUCACUUCCUUUCCAACAUUCUCAAGGAAACGUUAAGCACGUCUCUACUUUCCUUCAACAAAAUGACCUUUAGUUUGUGUCUAAUUACUUUGAUAACCUCACUCUGUGUCCACAAAACACUAGAAUGUGUGCAGAAAAAUAUCUCCUGCAACAGCAUUCGAAUGACAUCUCCUCAGGGCUUCGGCUUCUCACAUCAGUGUUCUGGUGCAAAUUACAUUACUGUGACUAAAAAUGUGACCGUGAUUGCUGUUUAUUCUUCGAAUCAGUCUACUAAACAUUCAUCUGAAGUGAUAAGAAUGGACAAUCAUUCAGUUGUUACGAGAGAGUGCGAAGCCCUAAAAGUAAAAUGCACAAUUCCAGAUGGCUCCACUCCAAAAGACCUUUGUGUGGAUUUUAAGAUUAUUGAGAAGACGAAGGAUCCCAGUGAUUUACCAACAUCACAUGGCAUCAUCAUUGGUAUAUCAUGUGGUGUGUUACUGUUCGUUGGGAUCCCUGGGAUCAUCAUUGGGAUACGUUACAUGUGUUGGAAGAAACAACACAGAGCAGCUACAGUUUCUGGGUUUCUAAGACACAUGUGGCCUUGCUGUUUUCUCAGACAGGGGGUUUCCGAGGCUGAGACGGGGGAGAGAACAGAACUCAGCCUGGAUGAAAUGUCCCCUGCCACUGAUCCACAUCCAGGUGCUGAAAAUGAACAAGAUGACAUCCUGGAAACUGUGCAUGUUCCCAGUAUUGAUCCUAAGGCUGACAGCAAGACUCCUCAGACCAAUAGUCUGGGCUGCAACUUGGCCAGUGAGGGAAUCCAGCCAACUGAAAAUGGAGACACGAGUGCCCUUGAUGUCUGCACAGCCUUUGAUUAUCUGGACAUAAAGAGGUACUUGACAGAUGAUCCAGGAGGAAUAACAUACAACAAGGCAGGAGACACUGUGAAAGGUGUUGUGAGCAGGGACAUGUACAGUGGACGUACAUGGACGUACCGUGACCGUGGCUCUGAACAUCCUGAGACUAAAUCCCCGCUGCUGAUGAAUCAGCCAGCUCCCAUCCAAGAUUCUGACGUGACAGAUGAAGCCGUAGCUUUGGUGAACAAGGACGGUUUUGACCAUGCCAGCAGGUGCUUUAUUAUACCUGACACUGACGUGGAGUCAACACCCAAUAUGAAGAACGGUGGAUUACAUAAAUAUAAAUAGUAUAUAAAAUAGUAAUAAUAAUAAUAAUAAUAAUGUUUCAUAUAUUAUAUAUAUACAACAUAAAGUUCUCACUGUCAGGGUAUGCGGGUACAUUUACUGACUGCUCCUUUGGAACCAAACAUAGCAUCAUUGUUUAUCAUCAUUGUGUGCAGGAAUUCACAGUAUAUCAGUGGGAAAGAUGGAUCAAAUCAAAUUUAUUUAAUUAGAUUUAAAUGAACAUUAGUUAUUAGCUUUGCCAGAUAAUUGCAUCAUCUUACAGAAAUAGAAAGUAUUGGUUGCUCUAAAUUGAAAACUGGUUUAUUAUCAUCAUUUUUAUUAAUGACAUCACUGAGACUAUUAAAUGCUCGGCUGAACCAAAGGAUGGGUGGACCAAAAACAUGGCAGAAAAUGGACCGCAUACAUGGCUGUGAGACAAAUUAACUUUAUUGUAACAGACAGGGUACAAUCUAUAUUAUUAAUAAAUCUAUAUAAAUAAAACAGAUAUAUAUCAUGUAAAGUAUUAUAUAUACUAUUCUACCUGACUAAAAUGAAUUGUUUUAAUGAAAUGAAGCAUAAUAGAAAACAUUUUUUCAUGUAAUUUGCUUAUCGCUGCAUAAUCCAGCAACAUGAUCAUUCUUAUAAUGUGAAUCAUUUUAC